AGAUUCUGGAUCCCAAGCCCACAAGCCCAAUUAUUCGAAUCCACCGUAGGAUUUUCUGAUUCCUCGGAGGUCUGGUUGGAGCUGAAAGACCCGGCUGAAGAGCAGAGCGUCUCGGCUCUCACGCCGACCUAACCGAAGACUCGCUCUCUUGACUCCUUGCCGAUUGAUACUUGUUUGGCUAAUCGCAUAAAAAAGCAUUCAAUCUUUUUUGUUCUGUUCAUCGGAGAUGGAUGAGGGUAUGAAGCGAUUCCAGGAGCGCCUAAUCGAGCUUGAAACUGAAGCUGAGUAUCUUCUAUUAGCCCGGCAGCAGCUGGUUGAAAACGAUAGAGUGAGAAAUGGGACCAGGGAAGCACUUACUGCACUGAGGAAGAGAGCUCGAACAACGAAGACUAGUGUGCCGUCUCCGUUUGAAUCAAUUAUGAAGGAAAUUGGGGGGCCUGAACAUCGGCCCUUGGUGAAGGAUGUAUGUGCCACAUGUGGCAACCAUGACUUCAAUGAGCAUACAUGGAUGAUGUUCCCGGGGACUGAUAUGUUUUCUAGGAUUCCGUUUCAUGCUGCUCACACCAUCUUGGAAACAGAUCAAGCACGACUCGACUUUGAUGCAAAACAACUACAGAGCCAGAUGAAGGAGAAGGCCCUUUUGAUUUCAGAAAAAGGUGCCCUUGCUGACAAGAUCAGCCCAGGUGUACUCAAAUCCCUCUUAAGCCUAUCAGACAAACCACAGUAAGCUUUGAUUGAGGAAGUUGUAUUCUAUCUCAUGGCUGUAACUUCUCCUCAACUUUCAUCUCUUCUCUUUCUAGCUGACGAUUUUAGUAUUCACAUUUUACUGGUGUAAAAUUAUGUAUAGUCUAGUGUUGCUACAUUUCCUCCUAAUAUUUUGUGCUCAUGGGGUUUCCCAUUGCAGCAUUUGAGUCCAUAUGAGGGAGGACUAGUUAUGAUGACAAAGCCAGAAGUUGUUCUAUGUUUGAUCCAUCUUGAUCUUUGUGGUUA